GCGGCGCAGAGCGACCCCGGGAGGGGAGCGGACCCCGGGCGGCCCCGCCCCGGCCGCCACCGCCGGGUGCCGGCGAGGGACCGACCGACGGAAAGGCGGUUUCUCGACCAGGACCAGCGCCCCGGACACUAGUGGGACGGGACCGGAGUGCUCCAGCCGACCCUUCCUCACCGGGCAUCUGCGCCGCAAUCCGGCGGGCGGGGGAAGCCGGGCCGCGAUCUGGAGCAGAGCCUGACACCAUCUUUCUGGUGCCCCGCAGCGACCGGGGCCAUGGGCACACCAGCCUCGGUGGUGAGCGGCCCUCGGGUGCGGGUGGCACCUGCGACCCGCCACCGCAAACGGGGAUCAGCCAACAUCUUCCAGGACGUGGGGUUACCGGAGCUGCGGCGCCUGUUCCGGAGCGGCAGGGCCCAACAGCCCGAGGAGCGCGCCCUCCUCGUCUGGCGAUACGCAGGGCAGCGGCGCAUGGCACGGGCCUUGCGGCGGCUCCGGCACAGUGGUGGGGUGGCGGGGCUGCGGCGCUCUGGCCACCUGCGGGUGACGGAGGAGCCAGAGGGCAGCCGCAGGCCCGAGGCACCCUUGGGGUCAGUGUAGCAGCACUGAGCAGCUGGGCCGUGGAGGAGCAGGGCUGGAGAGCAGGCACGAGGACAGCCAGGCUCUCCAAGGACACUAAGCAUGCUGGAGAGGGUGCAACAGUUAAUAAAAAGAGAACAGUG